AGACUGGUCUGGGCCCCAGUCGAGGGCUGCAGGUGGUAGGCUGCGACCCCUUCCUCCCACAGCCCCUUCCCGCCCCUCGCCGGGCAUCCGCCGACAGGCUGGAGUGCAAUGGCAUGAUCUCAGCUCACUGGAACCUCCGCCUCCCAGAUUCAAGAGAUUCUCCUGCCUCAGCCCCCUGAGUAGCUGGGAUUACAGGUACAUACCAAGAAAUUGAAUUGCUGAGUCACAGGAGAGAUUUACAAAUAGUGUUUUGGCAUCAUGGAACGUGGAGGUUGUACUUUAACGGCAACUUACGCCCACCCUAGACCAACACCAACCAACUUUCUACCAGCCAUCAGUACCAUGGCCUCAAGCUACAGGGACCGCUUUCCCCACUCCAAUUUGACCCAUAGCCUGAGCCUUCCUUGGAGACCCAGCACAUACUACAAAGUCGCCUCCAAUUCCCCAAGCGUGGCCCCGUACUGCACCAGAUCACAGAGGGUGUCCGAGAAUACCAUGCUUCCCUUUGUUUCCAACAGAACCACUUUCUUCACAAGAUACACACCGGAUGACUGGUACAGGUCCAAUUUAACCAACUAUCAAGAGUCCAAUACUUCCCGACAUAAUUCGGAGAAACUAAGAGUGGAUACAUCUCGCCUGAUUCAAGACAAAUAUCAACAAACAAGAAAAACUCACGCAGACACAACCCAAAAUCUGGGAGAACGUGUCAAUGACAUAGGGUUUUGGAAAUCUGAAAUCAUUCAUGAGUUGGAUGAAAUGAUUGGAGAGACAAAUGCACUUACUGAUGUGAAGAAAAGACUGGAGCGGGCUUUGAUGGAGACUGAAGCCCCUCUUCAGGUAGCCCGAGAAUGUCUAUUUCAUCGAGAAAAGAGAAUGGGAAUCGACCUAGUUCACGAUGAAGUUGAAGCACAACUGCUGACGGAAGUUGAUACUAUUCUGUGUUGUCAAGAAAGAAUGAAGCUACAUUUGGAUAAGGCUAUUGCCCAACUUGCAGCCGACAGAGCGUCCCAGCAUGAGCUGGAAAAGGACCUGAGUGACAAACAGAUGGCUUACCGGAUCGACGACAAAUGCCACCACCUGCGCAACACAUCAGACGGUGUCGGCUACUUCCGCGGAGUGGAGAGGGUCGAUGCAACUGUCUCAGUGCCUGAGUCCUGGGCCAAAUUUACAGAUGACAAUAUUCUCCGCUCCCAGAGUGAACGGGCAGCUUCCGCUAAGCUAAGAGACGACAUUGAAAACCUCUUGGUUGUGACUGCCAAUGAGAUGUGGAAUCAAUUCAACAAAGUGAACUUGUCUUUCACCAAUCGCAUUGCUGAGACUGCAGAUGCUAAGAAUAAGAUUCAGACACACUUAGCAAAGACCCUGCAGGAGAUUUUCCAGACUGAAAUGACCAUAGAAUCCAUCAAGAAGGCCAUCAAGGACAAGACUGCCUUCCUGAAGGUGGCUCAGACCAGACUGGAUGAGCGCACAAGACGGCCGAACAUUGAGUUGUGCCGAGACAUGGCUCAGCUACGCCUUGUUAACGAGGUACACGAGGUUGACGACACCAUCCAGACCCUGCAGCAGCGCCUGAGGGAUGCAGAGGACACCCUGCAGUCGCUGGUCCACAUCAAAGCCACCCUCGAGUAUGACCUGGCUGUCAAAGCCAAUUCCCUGUACAUCGACCAGGAAAAAUGCAUGAGCAUGCGCAAGAGCUACCCCAACACCCUCCGGCUGGUCGGCUUCUGCUAGGGACCCCACCGGCUGUGGUUUUGAUACCCCUAAGUUAAGGCUGAGCCAGAGCACUGUCUCAGCAUUUGAACCGAAUGCUAAUAUAGUCACUUAUUAAAGGAUUAUGCUGAUGGAAAUGUA